AUGACAAUAAACAAUUAUUUAUUAAGAAUUGAUAGAUGGAAAUGGCCAGCAUCGGAACUCUUUCGAAUAUUUGAUUAUCAAGAACUCUUAAAUUAUUUAGAAACUUUAAAAUCUGUAUCUAUUUAUCAAAUAGAUAACAAAAAUGAUUUAUUUCAUGAGAAUUUUAAGAAAAAAAUGUAUUCUUUGACAGAGAAAAGCGCAGAAUUCUUUGAGAAGCUUGAACAAAGACUUAUUAAGUCACAUUUUUUUUGUUUAAAUGCUAUUAUAUUAAUUCAAAAGAAAAUAAAAGAAGAAGCACUUUCUGAUUUCUUUAAUCUUGAAAAUUGUAUAUGUUUUUUAAAAGAAUGCAUUUUCGAGCUUUUAAAUAAGUAUGAUCAAAUAUCAGGCCUUAACAUGUCUAGUGUUUUUCUUGCAAAUACGCCUCUGUUUUUAAUGCUGCAUUAUCCUGAGCCUGUUGACUUGGAAGACUAUUUAAAGAUUUAUAUACGAUCUCAAAUCAAACAUAAGAUUCAAACAGGUUAA